UCAAGUUGGCGGCUGCUUAGCCUAGGAGAAUAUCCAGUUUUCCCAAGAGGAAGCUGGGUUUAUCUUUAUUGUUCUUUGUUUCUUUGAAUCUUUAUGAUUUCUGUACUCAUUUUGGCUAUAUAUAAAUAAAGAUAACAGAGUGCUGCCUUUGUUUUUGCCAUUGUAAGGGAGAAACAGUGAAGUAAUAAAGUAGAAUCCUUACAUAUUGGUAUCAGAGCCUCCACACUGGGGGUGAUCACGCGUCUGAUGGCUCAAAGACAAAUAGAAGAACGGGUGGAAGGAACUGAAAAGGAAAUUAUGAGUCUGAAGAAGAUGAUGCAGGAAAUGAAGAAAUCGAUCACGGACGAGCUGAGAGAAAGCCAUGGUGCUAAGAAAAAAGAAGAAGCAGGGACUACGGAAGACCUCAGGUUGAAACUGAAGGGAAAACUGGAAGAGGCCGGAACCGCAGUCGAGUCGGGAGGAAGCAACGCAGACCGAAGUAAGUACAAAAAAUUAGAAAUGCCAUUGUUUACAGGGGUGAACCCUGAAUCAUGGGCGUACCGAGCAGAACAUUUCUUUGAUAUAAAUAACUUACCGGAAGCUGAGAAGGUCAAAGUAGCAGUCGUGAGUUUUGGACAGGAAGAGGUAGACUGGUUUAGGUGGAGUCAUCAUAGAAAGAGGGUGGAAUCUUGGGAGGACUUGAAGGAGAGGAUGUUUGAUUUUUUUAAUGAUACGGGACAGCAGAGCUUGGGGGCAAGAUUAAUCCGUAUCAGGCAAGAAGGCUCAUACAGCGAUUAUGUUAAGAAGUUUGUUAUAUAUUCAGCACCCCUCCCGGACAUGGCCAAAAGUAUUCUGCUGGAUGCGUUUUUGACGGGUCUGGAACCAGCACUGCAAGCGGAAGUAAUCAGCAGACACCCUCAAACUUUAGAGGAGUGUAUGAAGGAAGCUCAACUGGUGAAUGAUAGGAAUAUAGCAUUAAAGCUGGCGAUGGAAGAGAUGGAUAAAGUUGAGCCUAAAAGAAGUGAGAACAGUAGCAAACUUCAAGGAAAAAAUGAGAAGGUAGAAAAUAAAAAGACAGAGUUUGUCAUGAAGCAGGUAACUAUUCCACUAAAAAGUGAUUACCAGAAAAAAGAUCCCCCAAUUAAAAGGCUGUCGGAUACGGAAUUUAGAGCAAGGCUGGAUAAAGGGCUUUGUUUCAGAUGUAAUGAAAAGUACUCCCCAGGUCAUCGAUGUAAAGGUAGAGAAAAAAGAGAGUUGAUGCUCCUUAUACUAAAUGAGGAAGAAGACCACGAAAGGGAAUCAAAUACAGAGGAUGAGGCAAGCGAAAUAAUAGAACUGAAUCAGUUGGAAUUGAAUGAGGAUACCCCUAUUGAGUUAAGGUUGAUCACGGGAGUUACGUCCAAGGGAACGAUGAAACUAAAAGGACAUGUGAAUGGAAAGGAAGUAGUCAUUCUGAUUGACAGCGGGGCGACCAAUAACUUCAUCAGCCAAGUGUUGGUAGAUGAACUACAGCUGAGCAUCGAUCCGGGGACUCGUUUUGGAGUUAACAUUGGGAAUGGCACCCGAUGUGAAGGAAGAGGGAUCUGCAAGAGGGUAAAAGUGAAGUUGAAAGAGUUAACGAUCGUAGCAGAUUUCCUGGCGGUAGAGUUAGGAAAGGUAGACUUGGUACUGGGGAUGCAAUGGUUAGAUUCGACAGGGACUAUGAAAGUUCAUUGGCCAUCUCUAACCAUGACGUUUUGGACGAAGGGUAGAAGAAUAAUCCUAAAAGGUGACUCUUCUCUAACAAAGUCAGAAUGCUCGUUGAGAACCUUAGAGAAAACUUGGCAAUCCGGGGACCAAGGAUUUCUCCUGGAAUUCCAAAAUUAUGAAGUGGACUAUGAAGGAGAAUCGGAAACAGAAGCCGAAUUGAAAGGAAAGGAGGAAGGAUUACCCAUGGUUCAACGACUGCUCGAGCAAUAUGCGGACAUCUUUAGGCUGCCCACAGGUUUACCUCCAAAGAGAGCCAUAGACCAUCGUAUUUUGACCGUGGCCGAUCAGAAACCUAUUAAUGUACGACCAUAUAAGUAUGGGCAUGUACAAAAGGAAGAAAUUGAAAAAUUGGUGUUAGAAAUGUUACAAGCUGGGGUUAUUCGUCCAAGCCGCAGCCCAUAUUCGAGUCCGGUCCUCUUAGUGAAGAAAAAAGAUGGGGGGUGGAGGUUCUGUGUAGACUACCGUAAACUCAAUCAAGUAACUGUGGCUGACAAAUUUCCAAUCCACUGAUUGAAGAACUCUUAGAUGAACUUCAUGGUGCGACAGUUUUCUCAAAGUUAGAUCUUAAAUCUGAAUACCACCAGAUUAGGAUGAGGGAGGAAGAUGUGGAGAAAACAGUUUUUCGCACGCAUGAAGGACAUUACGAGUUCUUGGUGAUGCCUUCCGGCCUUACGAAUGCUCCUGCCACCUUCCAAUCUCUCAUGAACGAGGUGUUCAAACCAUUCCUUCGAAGGUGUGUCCUGGGUUAUUUUUUAUGACAUUCUAGUUUAUAGUGUGGACAUAGAUGAGCAUAUGAAACAUUUAGGGAUGGUUUUUGCUAUUUUGAGGGACCAUAAGUUGUUUGCAAAUAGAACUAAAUGUGUCAUUGCUCAUUCCCAAGUUCAAUAUUUGGGACAUCUGAUUCCCAGCAGAGCAGUGGAGGCUGAUGAGGAAAAAAUUCGUAGUAUGGUCAAUUGGCCACGGCCGAAAGAUAUAACAGGGUUGAGGGGAUUCCUUGGACUGACUGGGUAUUAUAGAAGAUUUGUGAAAAGCUAUGAAGAGAUAGCUGCAUCCUUAACUAAACUACUUUAGAAAAAUGCAUUCCAUUGGAACGAGGAAGCCACAAUAGCUUUUGACCAGCUGAAGCUAGAAAUGACAACCAUACCUGUGUUAGCAUUGUCGGAUUGGUCUCAGCCCUUCACAAUCGAAACUGAUGCUUCAGGAGUAGGUUUAGGCACAGUUUUAUCACAAGAUGGUCAUCCCAUCGCAUUCUUCAGCCAACUGUCCCCAAGGGCCCAGGGUAAGUCGAUCUAUGAAAGGGAAUUGAUGGCGAUUGUCCUUUCGGUGCAAAAAUGGAGGCAUUAUCUCCUGGGCAGAAGGUUCACAAUUGUUUCAGAUCAGAAGACUUUGAAAUUUUUGUUGGAACAGAGGGAAGUUCAGCCUCAAUUCCAAAAGUGGCUCACAAAACUUUUGGGGUAUGACUUUGAGAUCUUUUAUCAGCCGGGUCUGCAGAAUAAGGUUGCGGAUGCUCUCUCAAGGAAGGACCAUUCAGUGGAGUUAAAUACAAUGACAACCACAGGCAUAGUUGAUAUAGAGAUAAUAGAGAAGGAAGUCGAAAAGGAUCAAGAACUUCAGAAAAUUAUUGCCAAACUUAAAGGAGAGGUGGAUCAAGGUGGGAAAUACCAAUGGAACAAUGGCAGGCUGUUAUAUAAAGGAAGGAUGGUGCUGAAGUUCUUCCCUCAUUCCGAGACUUCUAAACACGUUCCAUGAUUCCAUAUUAGGAGGGCACUCGGGGUUCUUGAGAACCUAUAAAAGAAUGAGUGGGGAACUAUUUUGGAAAGGAAUGAAGGCUGAUAUCAAGAGAUAUGUAGAAGAAUGUGACAUAUGUCAACGUAAUAAGUUCGAAGCUACCAAAGCCUGCUGGAGUUCUGCAACCCAUUCCUAUCCCCGACAAGAUAUUGGAAGAUUGGACCAUGGAUUUCAUUGAAGGUCUGCCAAUAGCAGGAGGUUACAACGUGAUUAUGGUAAUCGUCGAUCGCCUAAGUAAGUACUCCUACUUCUUGCCUCUGAAACACCCGUACACAGCCAAGUAAGUGGCUUCCAUUUUUUUGGAAAAAGUGGUCAGCAAACAUGGAAUACCCAAGUCCAUUAUUACCGACCGUGAUAAGAUCUUCCUUAGCAAUUUCUGGAAGGAGUUGUUCACUACCAUGGGCACAAUUUUGAAGAGAAGCACGGCAUUCCAUCCCCAAACCGAUGGACAAACCGAGAGAGUAAACAGAUGCCUAGAGACCUAUUUGAGAUGCUUUUGCAAUGAGCAACCGAAGAAAUGGGAUAAACUAAUUCCUUGGACGGAAUUAUGGUAUAACACAACCUUCCAUGCGUCCACCAAAACUACUCCUUACCAAUCUGUUUUUGGAAGAACUCCCCCGCCUUUGCUGUCGUACGGAUGGAAGAAAUCUCCUAACAACGACGUAGAAGUCAUGUUGAAGGAGAGAGACUUAGCAAUCAAUGCAUUGAAAAGAAACCUAUGCAUAGCUCAAAACAGAAUGAAGAAAAUGACAGACCGAAAUCGCAGGGAGCUCAAAUUCAAAGUUGGUGAUGAAGUGUAUUUGAAACUACGACCCUAUCGACAAAGAUCGCUAGCUAUAAAGAAAUGUGAAAAGCUAUCCUCAAAAUUUUAUGGGCCGUAUGAGAUUAUUGAAGAGAUAGGAGAGGUCGCUUAUCGAUUGAAACUACCGCCAGAGGCCACCAUUCACAAUGUCUUUCACGUUUCUCAACUGAAACUGAAGUUGGAAAAACAACAUGUAGUCCAGCAACAACAGCCUAUACUAACUGAGGAUUUUGAACUACAAUUGUGGUCGGAAAACGUGUUGGGAAUAAGGUGGAACAAGGAGUUAGGAGGCAAUGAAUGGUUGGUCAAAUGGAAGAACUUACUAGACAGUGAAGCAACGUGGGAAUCAGUCUACCUAUUGAACCAGCAGUUUCCUCAUUUUCACCUUGAGGACAAGGUGAACUUAGAACCCCGGGGUAUUGUAAGACCUCCAAUCAUUCACACAUAUCAAAGGAGGGGCAGAAAAGUAAAUGGACAAAUGAUUAAUGAUGAAGGAAAAAGAGGAGGAGAUCGUGCGUGUGGGGCCCAGGCACAAAAAUAAAAGAAAGAUGAGAGGAGGAAUAUAAAUAGGUUUUUUAGGUCUAGGGGAGGUAGGUUUUAUUUUAUCCUCAAAUUGGUGGCUGCUUAGCCUAGGAGAAUAUCCAGUUUUCCCAAGAGGAAGCUGGGUUUGUCUUUAUUGUUCUUUGUUUCUUUGAAUCUUUAUGAUUUCUGUACUCAUUUUGGCUAUAUAUAAAUAAAGAUAACAGAGUGCUGCCUCUGUUUUUGCCA